CCCUUUCCUGCAGCAACUCGGUAGAGCAGGAGAGUGAAAUGGGGAGAGCGCAGAAGAUCAACAGCAAGGAGAACAGAGGAAAUCUAGUAAAAAUGUAUGCUAAUAUUUACUGUAAAAACAUGGGAUAACGAGACAGAAACAAUAGCAAUUUACCCGAAAUCCCCGACAGGAACGGGGAAAACGGGCAUCAAUGAUAAAGACUGAAAAUUCCCAUCUUUCUUUCCAUUUAAUUUUCUUGAGUGGCUGUCUACAAAGAGGCUGAAACAACUGGAGAUAAUAGAGAAUGAUGUCUCACGAUGAAUGAAGAAGAGUCGGUGGUCGUGGAAUAAACUACAAAAGAAGAGAAAUAAACACGUUGCAUUCACUUUUCUCUGCACAGCGAGAGUUUCAUGUCUGGACCUUCGCCCUGGAAGACAGAUGUUCUAGUAUCGUACGCUGGGAUUUUAUUCUCUAUCAAUUCCAGAUCUGAUCGGGAGUAAUACUGGACAAUGACCAUGCGCUAUGGAUUUUUAUGAGCCUUUGACAUGCACAAAAAUAAACCGGAUGAAUGUUUUACAUUUGAAUUAGAUAAGCCACUGUCUGCAUGUGUACGAUAAACUAAAAAUUGACAGAGAUGCACUAAAAAAAGCCAAAGGACGAUCUGUACCUUGAAACCUGUGCGAAUGAGGUAGCACUCUAGCUAUGUAUUGAUCUUUUAUCAUGAUUAUAAUUUGAGACUUUGAAUCGUACUGUUUUGAUAAUUUGUUUCACCAGUGAAGGGCAGUUAGUUUACUCUUGAAAGUAAAGCCAAUUCUGAAGAAAUAAAGGGUUGAUUUAUUAUAUUAUUUUUAGAAGUAUAAUUGAACUGUCAAUCAUGGUGGAACCGGUAGGUUUUGUAGAAGCUUGGAAAGCUCAGUUUCCUGACUCUGACCCCCCUCAAAUGGAGCUAAAUUCUGUGGGGGACAUUGAGCAGGAGCUGGAGAAAUGCAAGGCAUCCAUUAGGCGGCUGGAGAUGGAGGUGAACAAGGAACGCUUUCGCAUGAUUUACCUGCAGACACUGCUGGCUAAGGAGAGGAAGAGUUAUGAUCGGCAGAGGUGGGGCUUCAGACGGGUGUCCCAGAUGCCAGAGGGGGACCAGCCCGCAGGUGCGGAGCCACAGCAGCCCCAUGGACAAGAGCUAGGGGAGAGGGAUCGGGGCAAGAUCCACUCUGCUGGGGAGGAAAAGUUCAGACCCAGACCUCCCCCUCCCAGGAGAUCCUCAUCCCACAUUGAGGGCCCAGAGCUCCCACUUGCACAAGAGGUGCAUCAGGGGGAAUCGGGGGAGGCAGACCGAUGCAGAUAUUAUGGCGAGAGUGAAGUGGACGGGCUUUCGCCAUCCAAACACAAAGGUGGGUCGUCCUCUCGCAGGUCUGGUGGUGCCCAGGGGACAGCAGACAAGGAGGUGCCUUCAGACUCUUCCCCAAAGGAGAAGAUGGGCAUGGGUGUAGGCGUGGCAGCACUGAGGUCAAACUUCGAAAGGAUCAAGAGGGCUAAUUCGCACUCCUCCGCAGAGGGGAAGGUGGGAGUCGGUGGGGCAGGAGGCCUGGAGAAACCCUUCUAUGUCAACAUGGAGUACCACCACGAGAAGGGGCUGGUGAAGGUCAAUGACAGAGAUGUCUCUGACAAGAUCAGCAACCUGGGCUGCCAGGCCAUACAGAUGGAGCGGAAGAGGUCUCUCCACUCCUUGCCUGGGAACCUGGCCACCGGGAUGUCAGAAUUCCGCAAGCCCAUGUGCCGGGGCAGGUCCCAGGAGAGCAACUGUGGCUAUGACGUGGACUACGAGGACGCUGAGCUCAAUCCGCGCUUCCUGAAGGACAACAUGGUGCGAGCGAAUGGAGGAAAACCGGAUCGCCACCAGCAGCAGCAUCCGCAGCACUGGCAGCAGUCCGACUUUCAGCCCUAUACCAGCGUCUUUGUUGGGGGGAUGAUGGGUGAAGGGGACGGGAAGGGGGUGAAUAUGAGGGACCUCAGUGGGGACGACAGGCACCUCACGUGGCCAAGGCGGUCCUACUCGCCCGGAAGCUUUGAGGACAUUGGGGGUGGCUACACGCCAGACUGCAGCUCCAACGAGAACCUGACGUCCAGCGAGGAGGACUUCUCCUCUGGCCAGUCGAGCCACGUGUCGCCCAGCCCCACCACCUACCGCGUGUUCAGGGAGAAGAGCCGCUCACCUUCCCAGAAUUCACAGCAGUCCUUUGACAGCAGCAGCCCCCCAACGCCCCAGUCACAGAAACGACACAAGCAGCAAGUUGUGGUGUCGGAGGCCACCAUUGUGGGUGUCCGGAAAACUGGUCAGAUCUGGCCCAAUGAUGGAGACUCCACGCCGUCCAGUAGGGCCUCACAUGACAACAGUUUCCAUGGAGACCUAGAUGCCAGCUUCAGCGGGACGCCGCCCACGUACGGCUACGACGCGGACCGGGCGGAGGAGCAGCGCCGGCACCACGACAUGAUGCCGUACAUCGACGACUCGCCCUCGUCCUCGCCCCACCUGAGCUCCAAGAGCCGCAGCAGCCGGGACACCCUCUCCUCGGGGUCUCUGGAGUCCUCCAAAUCUACCGAGCUGGACCUGGAGAAGGGCCUGGAGAUGCGGAAGUGGGUGCUGUCUGGGAUCCUGGCCAGCGAGGAGACCUACCUCAGCCACCUGGAGGCGCUGUUGCUGCCCAUGAAGCCGCUGAAGGCUGCCGCCACCACCUCCCAGCCUGUGCUCACCCUCCAGCAGAUAGAGACCAUCUUCUUCAAAGUGCCGGAGCUCUACGAGAUCCACAAGGAGUUCUAUGAUGGCCUCCAACCCAGAGUGCAGCAGUGGAGCCACCACCAACGCGUGGGUGACCUCUUCCAGAAACUGGCCAGCCAGCUUGGACUGUAUCGGGCCUUCGUGGAUAACUAUGAGGUUGCCGUGGAGACUGCAGAGAAAUGCUGCCAGGCCAACACGCAGUUUGCCGAAAUCUCUGAGAACCUUAAAGUCAGGAGUAUGAAGGAGUGCAAAGACCAGACAGCCAAGAACUCUCUUGAAACCCUCCUGUACAAGCCAGUGGACAGAGUGACCCGGAGCACCCUGGUGUUGCAUGAUCUCCUGAAGCAUACCCCCUCCAGCCACCCGGACUACCCGCUGCUACAGGACGCCCUCCGGAUCUCCCAGAACUUCCUGUCCAGCAUCAACGAGGAGAUCACACCCAGACGCCAGUCUAUGACUGUGAAGAAGGGAGAGCAUCGGCAGCUGCUGAAGGACCGCUUCAUGGUGGAGCUGGUGGAGGGAGCCCGUAAGCUGCGCCACGUCUUCCUCUUCACCGACCUCCUGCUCUGCGCCAAGCUCAAGAAGCAGAUCGGCGGGAAGAUCCAACAGUACGACUGCAAGUGGUACAUCCCCCUGUCCGACCUCACCUUCCAGACCAUCGACGAGUCGGACUCCUCGCCCAUACCCCAGGUCCCGGACGAGGAGAUCGAUGCCAUGAAGAUCAAGAUCUCGCAGAUCAAGAACGAGAUCCAGAGGGAGAAGAGGGCCAACAAGGGCUCCAAGGUGAUCGAGAGGCUGAGGAAGAAGCUGUGUGAGCAGGAGUCCCUCCUCCUGCUCAUGUCCCCAUGCAUGGCCUUCCGGGUGCACAACAGGAACGGCAAGAGCUACAUGUUCCUGAUCUCCUCGGACUAUGAGCGAGCUGAGUGGAGGGAGAUCAUUCGGGAGCAGCAGAAAAAGUGUUUUAAGAGCUUCACACUCACCUCUGUGGAGCUGCAGAUGCUGACAAACUCCUGCGUCAAACUACAGACGGUCCACAGCAUCCCGCUGACCAUAAAUAAAGAAGAUGAUGAAUCUCCGGGCCUCUACGGGUUUCUGAAUGUAAUCGUCCACUCGGCCUCAGGGCUCAAACAGAGCUUGAAUCUUUACUGUACCUUGGAGGUGGACUCUUUUGGCUACUUUGUGAACAAAGCCAAGACGCGAGUUUACAGAGACACCACUGAACCCAACUGGAAUGAGGAGUUCGAGAUCGAGCUGGAGGGAUCACAGACCCUGAGGCUGCUGUGCUAUGAGAAGUGCUACAACAAGACCAGGCUGAACAAAGAGGAAGGGGAGAACACGGACCGAAUCAUGGCCAAAGGCCAGAUCCAGCUGGAUCCACAGACGCUACAGGGUAAAGACUGGCAGAGGACUGUCAUUUCCAUGAAUGGGAUCGAAGUGAAACUCUCCAUGAAGUUCACUAGCAGGGAAUUCAGCUUGAAGAGAAUGCCGUCACGGAAACAGACUGGCGUGUUUGGGGUGAAAAUUGGCGUAGUGACCAAACGGGAACGCUCCAAGGUGCCCUACAUUGUGAGGCAGUGUGUGGAGGAGGUUGAGCGCCGUGGCAUGGAGGAGGUGGGCAUCUAUCGUGUGUCGGGAGUGGCCACAGACAUCCAGGCCUUGAAAGCGGCGUUUGACGCCAACAACAAGGACGUGUCGGUGAUGAUGAGUGAGAUGGAUGUGAACGCUAUCGCUGGGACCCUAAAGCUGUACUUCCGGGAGCUUCCGGAGCCCCUCUUCACCGACGAGCUGUACCCCAGCUUCGCCGGGGGCAUCGCCCUGUCAGACAGUGUGGCAAAGGAGAGCUGUAUGCUCAACCUUCUGCUCUCGCUACCAGAACCCAACCUGGUCACUUUCCUCUUCCUGCUGGACCACCUGAAGAGGGUGGCUGAGAACGAGAGCGUCAACAAGAUGUCCCUUCACAACCUGGCCACGGUUUUUGGCCCCACGCUGCUCCGCCCCUCUGAGAAAGACAGCAAAAUCCCAGCCAAUCCUACGCAGCCCAUCACCAUGAGUGACAGCUGGUCGCUAGAGGUCAUGUCACAGGUCCAGGUCUUGCUGUAUUUCCUUCAACUGGAGACUAUCCCCACACCAGACAGCAAACGGCAGAGUAUCCUGUUCUCCACAGAAGUGUAGAGGGAACUUAGGCCCUUCCACCAGCAACACUGAAGAGAGGAGGGAACUAGAGUGAAAGAUUUCUGUGGACCACACCGGUGGCUGUGAUCAGCAGCGAAUAGACUGGAACCCUGCUGGAGCCGACAACGGACUAGCGUGUGCACAGUGUGGUCACUAGAGGGCGUCAGUAAUGUUCUGAAGCCAGGAAGAGGAGACUUCUUGGAAUCACAUUCCUAGUACUAUUAUUUUAUUUUCUUCGCAAAAAUCUAAGCUGUUUGUGUCUUUUAUGACACAGACUCUCUUCAGUGCUCUUCAGAAGUCUUUGGCCUUGCAUUCUGUUUGUGUCUUUGUUCAGUCUGUGCACUUGGAAAACUUUUGGUUUUACAACGGUAGUCAAGCAACAGGACACAAGCAUCCUAGUUUUUUUCAUGUUUUACUGUCUUCUUUCCUUACCCUAUAUGGUGAGGCAGACUCCUCCUUGGUGUCUGCAGCACUACAGUUUCAGAAGCUAGGGCACAAUGUCACGCACCAUGCGUCCAUUCUGUUAGGACUUUUUAAGUCACAGUUGUCCAGUUUUCUUUCAGAAGGCUGAUAAUAGACAAGCUUGGAAUAGUGGGUGAGGGAAGUAGAACAUAGUGCUUGCUACUGCUUCUAAUUAAUGUUGUCUUAAUUGCUGGUUACUUAAAGGUUACUUAAAACAUAGAGGUCCAGGUUGCCCGGAACAAGUUCAUUUUAAGACAAUCAGGUCACACAGGAAGUCUUUGGUUUUGUGAAGGAGACUUAUUAGUGCCACUUUCGAAGCUUAUGCAGCUUUAGUGUGGGAACCAAUCUCAAGCAGAGUACAAAUGUUUAUCACUUGAGGAUUUGGACAAGGAUUUUAAAAGGGCAGAAAUAAAAUGCUGAUGAAGACGCAGAUUUUCAUUGACAGAUGUUUCGGAAAGCUUGAUGCUAGCCAAUAUCGAAGGGGAAAAAAAGAGGAGAGCUGGAAAAUAUUAGCGCCAUGCCGGAGUUUGUAAUCUGUCACAGGAAUUUGACCACAAUUGCGCAUAAUAAAUUGUGUACAUCAUAUCUGGAAUUGCACCAGCAGGAGCAACACAAACAAGGCACACCUUGAGGAAUGGCAUUGAGAGAGAGAAUAUCAUUGUGUUAUUGGGCGGGGCCUACACUGUCACGAAUUCUUAAGACUGUUUCUUCAUAGCCUUGAGCACAAUUUAUAUUUACUUUGCCUGGGAGGUGGUAAGUAAUAAAUAUAGAUUAUCUUUGGUGUUUGACAGCUUUUUUCAGUUUAUGGUAAUGAGUAUGUGUGCUAAUUGGCUUUGCUUUAAUCUGCAUAAGAACUAAUAUCCAGAGAGCAAUAUUUCUGAACAUAUGGGCUAUCUGCAUUUUCUGUUUCGGCCAUUUUGUCCACAUACUGUAGGUCAUAAGGUUAUAUGUAUCUUAGAGGCCAAGGCAUGCUGCGGUGUACACCAAGAUGUACUUGGCCUGUCCUGUUGAAAGUUGUCAUUUACAGUUUAGACAUUCAGCAGACGCUCUUAUCCAGAGAAAUUUACGGAGCUUACAUCCUUUUAAAAAAAUUUUUUUUUAACAUAAAAUCAAUUUAAACAGCUGGAUAUUUCCUGAAGUAAUUCAAGUUAAGUACUUUGCUCAAGGGUAAAAUGGCAGUGCCCCACCUGGGAAUCAAACGUACAACCUUGGAAUUUCGAGCCUGGUUCCUUAACCGUUACGUUACACUGCCAAAACAAACUGUACUUAAUUUCUUUCUGCUGACCAUGCCAGGAAUUCAGGAAUUCUCUGUCUUUGAAAUCGUUUCCACAUUAAAUGCAACAAGGGGGGACUUCAUCCCCGAUUCAAAUUAUUUAAAUGGCACAAAAUGGCACAUUCUCAUUUCAGUCAAGCUUUUCAUUGGAAUUCUACUCCAGUGGUUUCACGGUAUCACGGUAUAAUUAUGAAUAAUAAUAUGGAUCCUUGGAACUUGUGUACCUCUGGAAUCUGUCACAUUGGUGGACAUAUCUCAGUACACCCUGAACUCUGGUGUAGCGGUGCAAAAUGUGUAAAAGCCUUUGGUAACUGUAGCUGUAACCUGAUAGCCAGGAUAGCCUGUCCCUGUUUGUGAGUACCCCGUACACCAUGCACCCCGGCAUUGAGUUUGUGGUCAGGGCGCUGCGCUGUGCUUAUAUGAUGGAUUUUUGGGGGUUACUUCCUAUGAGAUUCCUUAUUCCAGAGAGCUUGCGAUGGUGUUUUCUGUUGUCAAUGUGACACAGUAGAAUUUCAACAGCAGAAGGCAGAAGCACAGUGGAUAUACACUCUUGUACACUCUACUGAGUGCAUGCAGUAUUAACCAUUACUUUCAUCCCCACCCCACAAUCAGCACAUUAUCAGUAAGAGUGGUUUUAUCUCAUUUCAUUUGAUUUUAAAAAAUGUAUUACUUUCUCUCUUUUAUUGCCUUCUCACCAGUGUCUCUCCCAGAUGAUUUGCGAAAGCUCAGAUACAAUACCCAGCCGUGCCAAUAUCAUUUAUGGUUUCACAUUCAGAUCAAUGCAGUCAAGUUUGAACGUGUGGGUUGUAUCUUUGGGACCUUUAAACAGGAAAAUGUGUUGUCUUUUAUUUUGUUAGGAAAAAAAACGAGAGGAUGGUUCUGUUCAUAUGUUAACUUUAGUCUUUAUUAACAUGCAGGCAUGUUGAUUUAAAAGUUUUUUUUAUAUAUAUUUCUUUCUGCGCAGACUUUUCCAUUUGUAUUAUUAAAACAUAACCCAUGGAAGCUCUGGUUAUGUAUUCCUACCCAAAGCAGGUUAUUUUGGGGUGGUAAGUUAAAACUAAGCAACGUUGCUUAGUAUUUGCUGAACGGGGGAAAAACUGGCAAACACAGAGAUUGUCCUGUUGCCUGUGUUAAUUCAGUUUCUGUGGAGACUGGUAGGAAGUUGCACUUACAAGAUUGAUCCUUACCCUGACAGAUGAUUGCUGAUGUUGCUCAGCUGAUCUUGGCCUGGUUCUGUAGUUUCCCUGCUCUGUCCUUCCUCCACUAUGCCCAGAACUGUUGAGACUGUAGUUUGACACUCAAGAGUUACAGAGCAAAAGGUUGAAGUUUAUGUGUUUUGUGCAACAAUGAAAAAGCAUUUUACUUUAUGGAGGCAGGGUCAGGUUAUGCCCAUGUUUUGGAAUCUGUCUUGUAACCUCCUUUGAAGACCUACAUUCUUUGAAGAAAAGUCAUCUGAUUUGUUAAACCUGAUUAUUCUCAACAAUACUUCUCAAACAGUUUGUUUAUUCUUUUCCUCCCAAGUGUAAGGACUCAAUGGAGAGCAUCUACGUAUAUUAUAACUCUUUCUUUUUGGAAGUCACUCACUUGAACAAUGUUCAGAAUUGUUUUUUUAAAUUUUAUUUUAUUUAUCUGUUCUCUUUUAACCAGUGCAACAGUGUUACGCUUAUUGCAAAAUCACACACCCAUUGACCUCUGCAGUUAGGAAGAGAAAUUAGUGAGGGUAAGUCUAUGAUCACUGUAAACAGAAAUGAAAAUGUGUUUCCAUGGAUACUCUAGAAUAUUAUGGACCAAUACAGUUCCAAUCAAUUUCAUUUUGAGAUUUUUAUGUUUUGUCAUUUGUAAAACCUUUGUAUUUCCUGUACAACAUGAUAAAUUCACAAAUAGAAUCCAGAUAGGAUGGUCAUGAUCCAAAAGGAGGCAUUUCCUUUAUGAUUAAUUUCUUUAAUAUCUUUUAAAAUCAUAUUUAAUUGAGCGUAUUUAAGCAUAACACUCCACCAAGAUGUUUAAGUAUUUCCAUUUUAUUUCUGGAUUGCAGCCACCAAUGCUUGAGUGCUGUACAGUUGUGGCAGAGGUCCCAGAUUCCCUGUAUCCUCUUUUAGUAGACUGAUUCCCUGGAACUGUGGCGGGACUUACUCACUCACUAAUGUCUGGACCUCCUAAAGGUUUGUUGUGCACCACUGACAUUGUGCAUAACACCAGCUUCCCUUGUUCUUUUUUUUGUUUUCUAUUUAUUUGUGUCAUUCCAAUAGUCCACUGUGAUCACAGAAACGUCUUUUCAAGAAUGAAGUCCUGAGAGAACGCUGGCUUUCAGUGUUGUGAAAAUGCAAUUGUGACCCACCAUUCCAGAAAGAAGGACAUUGUCAUGGGGUUAUUUAUUGAAGUACUAAUUCACAAGGAUUUAGUAUAUAUACAAGAAUUAAGUAUAUAAUUAGUAAUAACAAUAUUAAUUUAAAAAUGUGUAGGCAAAAUCAGAUCAGAUUGAUUGUCUGCACAAUGCAGAGUUGCAGAUCUGUUUUAGAUACUCUGUUACAGUCAGUGGCCCAGGGUCCCGUUAUGAGGUUUUGUAAAUGGUUAAUGUUAAUUCAGAGAUUUUGUUCAUUUUAAGGGCCGACUUUAUUAUCAGAUUAAAAUUUGCCAACCACAGAGUUAAGACUGGAUUCUGAUUUUUUUUUUUCAUUUAAAAAUUUUGUUCAACAUUUGUGUUCUGAUCAUGUAGCUGUAAAAAGGGAUACUGUAUUCAGAAGGAAAAAAUGUUUGAAAGGCAUUUGUAGCCUCUGUUUGUACACAAAGAUUUAAAUAAAAACUCCUGUAUCUAUG